GGCUGCUCUCUCCGUCUCCAUGGUGACUCGACCGGCAGUUGGCGGAAGUAGUCUCUGCGUCACCGUAGAGUGGGCACUUUAAAAGCCGCUGCUGUGGCACCUGUACUGACAAGAAUGUAUCUGUCUGUGGUCCAAGUGAUCCACCCCUAUUAGGACGGCUUCCAGAAAUGUAUACAGGGAGGACCAUGAGCAAUCAAGAGCAGACCUGGGAAAGCCUGGAUGCAGAAUUUGAUCAUUACCUGGUGGAUAUGAAACCGUAUGUCCUCAAACUACCUCAAAAACAGGACCGCCAGCGAUGUGCCUUGUGGAUUAAAAAGCUAUGUGAUCCAUCAGGAGCAGGGACUGGCGUUACUGGCAGGAAGAACCGGAACUUGUACGCCAAGCUUCUCCUUCAUAUGCUGAAGAGUGGGUUGCUAGGGGGACCAUUCACCCACAAACCUGAAGAGGGCAUGCUCAAACCCUUACCCACAUAUAUGUCAAUCUAUUUUGAUGAGCCCAAUUCUGGGAGAUUUCAAAGCACAGGCACUGGAGGAUUACCAGACUGGGUGAUGGGAGAGCUGGAGUCCAGGGAAUCAAAUGCCAGUGAGACCUGGAAAUUCACAUUAAAGGAUGAUUCAGCGUUUGUCACUUCCCCAACCAGGCCCAAAUACUCAAGCAGCCAGAAACUGGCAUCACGUUCCCUGAGCCCCGCGCACAGGUCUGGUGAGGACGCCCUGACUCUUCUACACAAUGGGGAUCUCUCCAAAAGAACCUUAGCCAGCUUUGAUGACAGCGACCUGGAAGCACGUCUGAACAGUUGGAAUCUCGGGAUAGAAAAACCAAGGUAUCUGAGGGAAAAGCCAUUACCUCUAUCUCCGACUUCUCCACGCCUUGGAAGGAGCGCCGAGUAUCGCGAUGAACGAACUCUGUUUCGCUUACAUAAGAAAGAGAUGGACAUGAAAAUCAAGGGCAUGGAGGCAAAAUUUCACGAAGAAAAGCUCAAGAUGCAGCAGAAACAUGAUGCUGAUGUACAGAAGAUUUUGGACCGAAAGAACAAUGAAAUAGAGGAAUUGAAGACUCUGUACAGAACCAAACAGGUGGAAUCUGAGGACACCAUUAGGAAGCUUGAAAAAAAAGUUCAAACCCUUCUGCGAGAGUCCCAACUUAUCCGAGACACCAAGGAAGCCCAGAUUCUGGAGCUAAAGAAGUUGUGUGACCAGAGUGCAGACACUCUGAAGAAUGAGUGGGAGAAAAAGCUCCACAAUGCGGUGGCAGACAUGGAACAGGAGAAGUUUGAGCUCCAGAAGAAACACACAGAGAACAUCCAGGAGCUGCUCGAUGAUACAAAUUCGCGACUCCUCAAAAUGGAAGCUGAUUACGUGUUACAGACAAAUGUUACUGCGCAAACUGUGAAGGAGCUGGAAGGCCGUGUUCAGCAACUGACUGUGGAGGCAGAAAGCAGCAAUCUACAGCGUCAGAAGUUAUCUCAGGAGAAGACCGAAGUGGAGGCAUCCUACCAUGCAGCUUGCAAUGAUCUACAGCAAUUAAAUUCCAGAUUAUCGUCUUUACAGAAGGAUAGAGAUCGCUUAACCCUGGACUAUGAAAAGCAUGUUCAGCAACUGCAGAGCAAGUAUGAGUGUGACGUCAGCUUCAUUACUCAGCAGAACGCUCUAUCUGCAGCCAAGGCCUCUGCACUGAUAGAAGAACUUGAAGAUACCCUCUCCCGAGUUAAGCAACAAGGACAGGAGCGGGAGCAUCGGUUCCAGCAGGAUAUGAGGGCAAAAGAAAACAAAUUUCAGAAGGAGAAACUUAAUCUGGAGCGAUGCUGGGAGAGAAAGGUACACGAUCUCCAGAAACAGGCAGAAGAUCAAAGGCAUGUUGCCCAAAAGAAAAUCUCCAAAGUGAACGAGCUGUUAAAGGAGAAGGAAGAACAGCUAAGCCGGGUGACAGAUACACAAAGAUUGCGCGCACAGCAGGCUGACGCCGCUUUAGAGGAAUUCAAGCGGCAAGUGGAGUUAAAUACAGAGAAAGUGUACUCCGAAAUGAAAGAGCAGAUGGAGAAAGUUGAGGCUGACCUGAGCCAAUCUAAAGCUCUCCGCGAGAAGCAAAGCAUGGAGUUCAGCCGGCAGCUGGAGGAAUUAAAACAGAGAUAUGAACAACAGAUUGUGGAGUUGAAGCUGGAGCAUGAACAGAAGAAAACAUACCUUAUCCAGCAGCAUAGCACCGAGAAAGACAACAUCAUCCAGGACCAUGAUCAGGAAAUCAGUCGGUUGGAGAAACAAUUCAAGAAUAGCAUGUUAGAGCACGAGAAAAAUGCACAGGCGUGGAGAGAGCGAAACGCACAGACCAUCUCUGAACUGCAGACCCAGGUAUAUAGUUUGAAAGAAGAGCUGAUUCAAGUCAACUCUCAGCGCAAGCAGCAGUUGGUGGAGCUGGGACAUCUGAGGGAUGAGGAGAAACAGAAAACUGCCCAAGAACAUCACAUGGCAAUGAGCAAACUAAGAGCAGAGGCAGAAGCUAUGCGAUUAGAGCUGCAAAGGACACAUGCUGCUGAAACCCAGCAAGCUCUAGAGAAGGCCGGCAGCAGGUUGAUGCAGAUUGAGAAGGAUUAUGGAGAGAAACUUGCAAAAUCAAAACAGGUGGUGUGUGAGCUCCAGGCAACUGUAGCUGCCAUACGAGAAGAAAGCAACAGUCAGCAGCUUAUAAUGGAGAAGAGACUACAGGAUGCAGCUCAGAACUAUGAUCAUGACAAGCGACAACUAAUUAAAGAAAACGAGAAGGUACUAAAGCUACUCAAAAACGAAGCUGAGAACUAUUGCAAUCAACUACGUUUGUCAGAGAGGAAAAUUCAGGAGAAGCAACUAGAAAUGCAGGAACAGAUCAUGCACAUCCGUCAGGAAUACGAACUAAAGAUCAAAGGAUUGAUGCCGGCCACCGUGAAACAUGAACUUGAAAACACGAUAACAUCACUAAAAUCCCAGGUGAACUCUCUACAGAAGAGAGCUCAGGUGCUGCAGGAAGACCUCACUUUUUAUCAAAGGUUAUGAUUUCCGUAUGUGCGAAGGAUGACCAAAAAAGAACAGGAUCCCACCACAGUGAGCGCUAUUUAGAAAUUUGAAAUAAAAUCUAUCUACAAGCCCAGAUAUUAUAAUAUUCACAUUUCUUGCAACAAUGUAUUUUUAUUUAUUUAGUGUAUGAAUAUUUAAUGUACCCUUUCUGCAAGAAGGGGUUAAUGUACUACCUUUACAGACCUAUUUAACCAUAUUUUAUAUUAAUCCAUUUUUACCAAUCUUUGUGUACAUCAUGUGUAUUUUUUUGUUUGUUUUUUCCCCCAAAGUUUACAUAACAUUAAAGAUUUAUUUUGUAACA